AUGGUCAUUGAUGGUCAAUAUUCUUCUUGUGAACUGGCACAGAAUCACCUGUUCCAGCAGCAUACAGAGGACUUACCUAUCGAGGACCGUAUCCGUAUCAGUUAUGAGCGGGCGAAGUGUAUUGGAAAGGCAUAUGCGCUGACAGUCACCGAUUUGAUCGAGCUUACACCUAAAUUUUGGAAACUGCACACAGAUCCAAUUAUGGCGAUGGAUGGCGCUGCAGGCACCCUUGUAACAUUGCAAUACAAUCUGUGCGGGGGGACUCUGGCGAUGUUCUCCUCUAAACGAACAGACCUGGGAAACGUUUUGCAUGACGUUUUGAGUUUCAAGGUUUCCGGCCAAUUUUGCCUCACUGAGGUUGGUCAUGGUCUUGACGUCAUUCACCUCGAGACUACUGCAACUCUGCUUCCAAAUGGAGAGUUCGAAUUACAUACGCCACAUGAACGAGCUGCCAAAUAUAUGCCACCUACGUCGCCCUUAGGAAUACCAUGCGUCGCAGUUGUUUUCGCUCGUAUGAUGGUUGGGGGCGACGAUCAUGGGGUCAAACCGUUCGUCGUACAAUUGCACGAUGGUAAAGACAUGGCAAAGGGUAUCGUAUGCAAGCUGUUACCCCCAAGGGGUGGUUCCCGUCCAUUGAACCAUUCUUUGACGUACUUUAAUCAUGUCCGCCUUCCGCCUUCAGCACUACUUGGGAGUCGAGAAAAACCUGUUGACGCGCGUCUGGCAUUCUUUUACAACAUCUCUCGCGUUGCAGUUGGUACCAUUGGACUCGCCUCACUCAACAUACCUGUAAUGCAGCUGGCGUCACGGAUUGGGAUCCGAUACAGUCUGCGUAGGACCAUUGUCGAUAAUGAGGGCAAGCGUAAACCCAUCAUUUCGUUCCGUACUCAGCAAAUCCCUGUCUUGACUGCAUUUGCACAAACGGUGGUCAUGCAAGCGUUCCAGAAAUGGGCCGUGAAAAUAUUCAGCAACCAAAGCACAGACUUUCGCAUUCGCCACGCCGUUGCGUCCAUCCUGAAAAUCGUCUUUGUUCAGCAUGCUCAAACAUCUCUUUUGGCACUGAGCGACCGCUGUGGUGCUCAGGGACUUUUUGAAGUCAACCAACUUUCCAGUAUGCAUGGGGACAUCCGUGGAUCUUCGAUCGCCGAAGGCGACAACUUAGUAAUAUCAAUCCGUCUCGCCACCGAGCUGAUUCUUCAGCGAUACACUGUUCCAUCGAGCACGCAUCCGGACGGUUUACUGGCAAGACAUGAAGCAGGAAUGCUUUCCGAGCUACGCGAACUUACGAAGGCUAUGCAGCACCAUCGAACUAAUGAAUAUGAUCGAACCGUGCUUCCCGAGUGCUUGGACCUCGUGCGAGCAAUCGGACACCGUAUGGCGUAUGAUGCCGCGAUCGAGGCAGGUGUAGACCAGGAUCUUGUUGAACUUUACGUCGCAAGCUGCCUGAAGGAAGACCCGGCAUGGUACGUUGAGAAUGCCAAACUAUCCAGGCGUGAACAGAAAGAGAUGGAGGGAAGAGCGAUUGACGCGGUGUUUCCGCGCCUGCAUGAGCUCUUAGCGUUGAUGGACGUGGACCCGUAUAUUUCAGCCCCAAUUGUUUCAGAUGAUGCAUGGGAAAAGUACAAGGACAGCUUGAGGACUUUUUGUAGUCCUUCCCUUGACGAUGAUCAACAGUGA